AUGUCUUUGCUGGAGUUCCUUAUGGGAACCUUGAGCCAUUGUUGCUCUGGCAUUGCAUGGGAGGCGGUCUUCGUGUCUAGCGUCUUUAUAGACUUCUGUCUCCUCUGUCUUGCAGAUGACACAUACACCGAGAGUUAUAUCAGCAUUAUUGGUGUUAGCUAUCUACUGACGUGGUAUCGUUCAACGGUCACCUCUUCCCCUUCGCUGUCGAUAGCUGCAACCUUGGAAUCGGUCGUAACACUGUCGCAAAGGUCAAGUCCUUCUGUCGAUUCUCAUGGUGGUCGACGUGCGAGUUCUCUCAAUGUUCCGUCACCUCAUCAGCGCUCUUCAACAUCCACCUUCAUCAUUAUGGUGCAGGAAGGUUACAUGGCACACCUCAAUUGUUACAAGGUUUUUGUUGACAGCGAACCCGAGCUCAGGCGUGUUUAUCAGAGCCGGGAAAAUCCUACUCGGCCACCCUCCUCGACACCUUCUGACUCGGAAGAAGGUGAAGUAGAAGAGGAGAAUCCAGAUGAUCUGGCCGCACGUGAGCUUUAUAUAGUUCCUUCGACGGGUGCUGUGCUCGCAUACGGUUCUGCUAUCAGUCUACUCAACUAUCUCUGUUGCCUCAUUCCCCAUGACGCAUUCACGCCAACCCCACUUCUGAAGUACAGCGGUGACUAUGCCACUGUGCUUGAGCUGCCAUCCAGCCUUCCUCUUCCCAUCGACAAAUUGAUCUUCCGUGGACCACCCCGAUGUUCCAAGCGAGAAGCCCGACGUGCAGUAGCAUUCAUGGCUGUCAAGGAGCUUCAUAAACUUGGGGUAUUCAAUGACUACCUUCUUCUGUCAGCUGGCUCCAAGGGUAGGCACUUAGAGGAUGCCGACGGAAGAAAGCUUUUGGAUGAUUCUUGGGCUCUGGGGCCGCGGCUGAGGAUGCACGUCAUUUCCAUCGACAGUGUUGACGUUGCAGGACUCGUCACUGGCACGGAGUCACCAGCGCUAGAGAUCAUGAAAUGGGAGAAGUUGGAGAUGCUCAAUGAGUAUACCAAAAUGGGCAUAUGGUUCUGCAUCACUGGCAGGCCCAUCACUCUCCCUAUCACUUGUUUCCUCGUUCCACUGACUCCUCACAACUGUAUCGACUUCGACGCAGUGGAGCGUGUUGACAAGUAUAAGCGUCAAAUGACACAUCUGGGACUGCUUGUCCCUCAAGGGGCCUGUCGACGCACAUAUUUCUCGGAAAAUGUAUACCAUGCAUUUCUCUUCCUUCCACGCAUAUGCCGCCAUGCUACAGACCUAUACCGUGCUCACGAAGAAUGGUUUGAGCUUGGGUUACCUGCCAUUAAGGACGAGCUUCUCAUUGAGGCGUCGACCUUGCCCACGACAAGUGCAAAGUGGAAUAACCAGUGUUUGGAAACACUGGGAGACUCCGUUCUCAAGCUUGCCGCCACCGUUCAUGUCAUGAACAAGUACCCCCACCGGCAUGAGGGGCAGCUGUCUCAGCUCUGCCAGAACAGUGUGUCCAAACGGACUCUGCUGGCAAGGGCAUUGGAGAUUGGCCUUGAGAGGUACCUCACCUCGGAAGGUCAGAGUCUCCAUGUAUGGCGCCAUACUAUCGCAGAAGAUGGUGAUCACAUGGAGCCUUUUACUUCUGCGAGAGGGCAUGCUCAUGGAGCAUACCCUUGUCGAAGCUUACAAGACUGUAUGGAGGCAACAUUAGGAGCUGCCUUUUUGCAUGGUGGGAUGGAUAUGGCACUCCGUGCGGGAGAUGCCCUAGGUAUGACUGUGGGUGGCACUAUUCCCUGGACGCUGCGAUACUCUUGUCCACCGGAACCGUUGCCGGUGCCACCUCUUUUCAAUGACCUUCAAGUCAAUCUUGGAUACGAGUUUCAUUGGGGUGAUCUUUUAAUUGAAGCUGCAACCCACCCCUCUUUCGCAACUACUGCUGGAUCAUCUUAUCAGCGAUUGGAAUUUCUGGGCGAUGCUGUCAUUGACCUCGUCGUCAUGAAGUAUUUGUUUAACAAGUUCCCUGAAGCCAACUCAGGUCAACUAUCAGCUGCUCGCUCGCGAGCUGUAUGCGGGCCAACCCUAGCCUCUGUCGCUGUGAGACGGCUCGGGCUUCACAAACAUCUGCUUAUCAACAAUGUUGAACUAAGCACUGCGAUCACAAGACAUGUUCCUUUGCUUACGUCUCUCUCCCCUGAGGAUACUAUCAGCAAGGGAUGGAAAUAUGACCCACCGAAAGCACCGAGUGAUGUGCUGGAAAGUAUUGUUGGAGCAGUCUUAGUUGACACCCGUUUCGACUUUGAGAAAACAGCGGCCAUAGUUGAAGCGGUGAUCAGCGAUGUGCUGGAAGUCCUCAUGACAGAUCUUCCUCGGGACCUUGUGUCUGAGUUGAUGGUCUGGGCAGCUGCAGUGGGAUGCAGGCGGAUAUCCUUCCAGAAGACACAGAGCAAUCCCAAGCUCCGGCAAAAUGAUAGCGUUUCUGUGGUUGUGCAUGACGUAGUUGUUGUCGGCCCUAUUACAGCCACCAACCUGUCUUUGUCGAAAGGUCUUGCAGCGGAACCUGCAGGCACUGUCUUGGCUGACCCAACAUUUGACAAGUCUCUUGAAAAGUCGUGCAAUUGCAUGUGGGACUUGGCUGCUACUCUCCCAGAAGUAGCAGAGGCUAUCGUCGCUGAUGAUGCCACAGCUCCCUUGAAGCUCACUGAUGAGACCGAAAAAAGCUUUGCUACCAUCAGACGUUGCAGGACUUGGACAUUGGUGGGAACAAGAGAACUGAUUGGCAUUGAAAUCACCAGAGCUGAGCCCUCCGCAUUAGAAAAAAAGAUUUGCAAAUGA